AUGGUUUCUCGUCCUCUGGAUUUUAGGACUAUUGAUUUGAGAUUAGCAGCUGGAGCCUAUGGUGGUUCCCAUGAAUCUUUUCUCGAGGAUGUUCGAGAGUUAUGGAGCAAUGUAUGCCUGGCAUCCAGGGAACAGGCUGAUUUGGUUGAAUUGGCGGAGACACUUUCCCAAAACUUUGAAUCAUUGUUUGAAAAGGAGGUGGUCACCCUUGUAAAGAAAUUUGAGGGUUAUGCUAAAUUGGAUCACAUAACUGCAGAAAUAAAGAAAGAAUUAGAUGAUUUUCUCGCUUCAAUAAAUGAGGUUCCAAAAGCUCCUUGGGAUGAAGGGGUCUGUAAAGUAUGUGGUGUUGAUAAAGAUGACAAUAGUGUGCUGUUAUGUGAUACUUGUGAUGCUGAGUAUCAUACUUAUUGCUUGAAUCCUCCACUUGCAAGGAUUCCUGAAGGAAACUGGUAUUGUCCAUCUUGUGUUAUCAACAAACAUGUGGUUCAGGAGGCACCAGGAAGUUCGCAGGUUAUUGGGCCAGUCCACUGUAAAAAGUAUCAAGGAGAAGUUACGCGUGUUUACUUAGAGAAACUCUCACAUUUAGCUGUUGCAAUGAAAGAAAAAGAGUAUUGGGAGUUUAAUGUUGAUGAGAGAAUCCACUUGCUAAAGUUUCUAUGUGAUGAGCUGCUAAACUCAGCUCUUAUUCGUCAACAUCUUGAGCAGUGUGCGGAAACAACAAAUGAGUUGCAGCAGAAAUUGCGUGCAUUCUCUAUGGAAUGGAAAACUGUUAAAUCUAAAGAAGAAUUUAUGGCUUCCAAAGCCGCAAAUAUGGAUGGCAGUGCAGUUGGAGAAGUUGGUGUAAGGGAAGCCCUUGCUUCUGCAAUUAUAAACCAGGCCAAGCAUGUGGGACAACAACCUGAUUUGAGUGAUGGAGCUAGCCACUGUAGCACCUUCAGUCAUGAUCUGUCAGCACUAGACGGUAGCCAAGAUGGGACUAGGAUUAAUGGAUUCGAUAAACACAGUUCUGUGUCAGGUUCUGGGAAAAAUCAUAGCUGUAAUAGCCAAACUGCAAAUCAUACAUAUACUAAAGAGCAAGUAAAUGAUCCACUUGCUGUUGUGGAUGGCAGUAUAUUACCUUCUCAAGAAAAUGAAAAAUCACCAGGGCCAAAUAAUUUUUCUCAAAUAAUUAAUGACAUGGAUGGAAUUCAAUUCCAGGGUAACUUGCAAGGAUAUGCAGGAAGAGGCACUUCUUCUCUUCUGCCAUCACCAGAUGCAGGAUUUCGUCCCUCAUUAGAAGAGAACAGUCAUGUGAAUUUGCAUGUGCCUCCUGUUGCCAUCAGAGAGUCAGAAAGCUGUCAUCUUGAGUUGAGCGCCAUCAAGAAUGAUGUUCUUCAUCUGCAGAACUCAAUUAGCAGCAUACAAUCACAACUUUUGAAACUAGCUGUACGCAGGGAGUUCUUGGGUUGUGAUUCCAGAGGUCGCUUGUACUGGGCUUCAACUGGACAGGGUAGCGAUCAACGAGUUAUUGUUGAUGGAAGUUUGACAUUGCAGCAAAGGAAUUCAGAUCGGUUUGAUUCUUGUUUAAAUUUUGAAGAGCCAAAAAUAUGCUUUCCUUUCCAUUAUACAUCAGAUAAUUUUCAGGCUAUGUGCUCACCAUGUAUUUCUUACGAAACUGAGGAGGAAAUUGAGCAACUCAUUGGUUGGUUGAAGGAUGAUGAACAAAAGGAAAGAGAGCUGAAAGAGUCCAUUUCACAGUUCCUGAAGCAAAGAUUUCAAGAGACUCGACAAACUAGAGACUUGGUUCAAGAAGAGCAUCAAGCAGCUCCAUCACUGGUCAUAAACAAUGACAACACUGCAUUUUCUAGUUAUCUUGUCACCAAGGCUGCAACGUUUCUGGAGAAGAAGUAUGGUCCCUGGGUGGAGUUACACACCAAUGACAAGCUGGGAAAAAAGGCAAGAGUGACUGGUGAGGGGAAAAUGUACCGUUGUGAUUGCUUAGAGCCCAUUAUACCUUCCAGACACCACUGCCUCUCUUGCCACAUAACUUUCUCUGAUGAUAUUGAAUUCAAUGAACAUAAUGAUGGUAGGUGCAAUUUAGUUACACCAGCCUGUGCAAACAGUGAACAUAUCAGUGAUUUCUUAAAAGCAAAGGGGAGUGUGAAAUCCCAGACCAUGCAAAAGGUGCCUAUCAGUGAAAUGGAUGUGGUUGAAACUUCUAGAAGUGUUACCUCUGGACUUGGCUCAAGGUUGAUUAAAUUUCAAAAUGAAGGGAUAUGCCCCUAUGACUUCAACGAAAUCAGUUCCAAGUUUGUGACAGACGAUUCCAACAAGGAAUUGGUGCAGAAAAUUGGUCUUAUUGGUUCAAAUGGGAUUCCUUCAUUUGUCACAUCUCUUUCACCUUACCUCAAUCAUUCCAUGUCAAUGCUGAUUUCUCAUGAGAAUGAUAUUGGUGGUGUUGGUGAUGAGUUGAGUAUGGAAAGAAGGUUAGUUGUUUCAAAAGGAAACAAAAGCGAAAAUGGUGCUGGCCUUGACAGUAUCUGUGAUAAUUCUUCAUGGAAAUCUGCUGCAAAUGAUGUUAGUAAAGUUUCAAAAACUGAUAAGCCACCUCUGGGAUGUGUGGAACAAAGAAAAAAGAAGUCUUUUUCAAAUAAACAUUUUCCUGAAAUGGAGGCUAGUUUCUGCUGUGUGGUUCCUCAGUCAGCCUUGAGGCCCUUAGUUGGAAAAGUUUCAGAUAUUUUAAGGCAACUAAAGAUCAAUCUGCUUGAUAUGGAAGCAGCACUUCCUGUAGAAGCUUUUAGACCCUCAAAAGCACAUUUGGAUAGAAGAUUGGCUUGGCGUGUGCAUGUUAAAUCUGCAGGGUCAAUCUACGAGAUGAUCCAAGCAACAAUCAUAUUGGAGGAGAUGAUAAAGACAGAUUAUUUAAGGAAUGAGUGGUGGUACUGGUCAUCAUUUUCUGCUGCUGCCAAGACUUCGACAGUUGCUUCUCUUGCUCUACGUAUAUAUUCCCUUGAUGGUGCGAUUGUGUAUGAGAAGACCGUGCCCAAGUUAGAUUCAACCAACAGUUUGAAGCCCAUGGGUACACUGGACAAGAAGUCGGUGCUUGGUUUGGAUCCAAUAGAGAAAACCAAAGCAAGCAGGAAGUCUAGCAAGAAAAGGAAGGAACCAGAAAGUUGA